UUGUACUGUCUCCUAUCUGGUGAACUCGUGUGGAUUGUCCCUAGAAGCCGCUACUCUGGUAUCUCACAAGAUACCCACAUCUCAACUCUUGUGCGGAGACGGCCACGGAUUCUGGUAGCCGAUGCCCAGAAAACCCUUUUGCCAAAGCUUGAGUUUUUAAGCUCCAUAGGAAUGUCAAGGCUGGACCUUGCAAAUAAACUGAGCCAUGACCCAUGGUUCAUGAGUCGAAGCUUGGAAAAACGUAUCGUACCCAUGUGUAGCUUUCUCAAGAGUGUGGUGCUCUGUGAUGACAAACUGGUGUAUAUUUUGAAGCACAAGUCGUGUAUUUUCAGUGGGAAUCUAUCCAAGAAUGUGAUACCUAAUGUUGAGCUUGUGAGGAAAUUGGGCAUGCCCCAGUCAUGUAUUGUCUUGUUGCUAACCAGAUAUCCUAUUGUGUUGAGGAAGCCUGAAUUGUUCAGUCAACUUGUGGCUGAAGUUGAACAAUGGGGAUUUGACUCUCGAAAGUCGAGCUUUGUGCUAGCCAUGAAUGCAUUAUGUCGAAAAGAGACGACAUGGAAACGAUGUGAUCAGGCUUAUAGGAGGUGGGGUUGGUCGGACAAUGAUAUUGUUGCUGCCUUCAAGAUGGAUCCACUGUGUAUGAUUUUAUCGGAGAAGAAAAUAAUGGCAACAAUGGAUUUCUUUGUGAACAAGAUGGGGUGGCAGUCACAUACGGUUGCCAAAUAUCCCCAUGUUUUGAGUUACAGCUUGAAGAAGAAAAUCUUCCCGAGGUUUUCAGUUGUUAGAGUUUUGGUGUUAAAAGGAUUGAUAGAAGAGCACAAGUUGAAUUUGGGUUCUGUGAUUUCGGUGUCGGAGGGGUACUUCUUGAAUAGGUUUGUGAACAAAUAUCUCAACCAAGUACCUCAAUUGCUGGAUGUCUACCAAGGGAAAAUGGCAACAUUUUAACAGUUCUUGGGUGAUAGUGUUGAAUCUAGAGGUGCUACCAGGUUUUUCAUAUACACCAAACCCUUCAUUCAGACUUUUAUAAAGUUUUUGUUUUAAUGGG